GGACGCUGAAGCCUGGGGUGCUGAGUGCGUUGCUGGUAAGUAGCACAGCCAGGUGUUGAACCCAGACUGUGACUCCAGGGUCUGCUCUGUUGGUACCCCUUGAUCUGGGAACAUUUGGCCAGGCGGAGGUCAAGCUCUAGGCUCAGAGGCCAAUGUUGGAACCCGGAGCAUCUCCUGGCACUCUGGUUUUUUGGACCUUAGCAGUCAUUGUUCCUGAAGCUUUACCUUUGUCUUCAACGUUCGUCCUGUUAUUUGCACUGUGCACACACUUCCAUUGAAGCUCCCCAAAUUCUCCAGGUAAAAGUGUGUAUUGAGGUGCUGCCCCAAACAUCAGAUUAGAAAGGAAGAAAUGCACCUGUGGACUGUAUGUCCCAGGGCAGAAACUCAGCCUGCUGACCAUUGGAAAUGGAUCUUUAGUUUAGGCUGCUGACUUGGCCUGGUAGGGCCAGCAGGCUGCAUAUUGGGCUUGGUGUUUUGACAGUGAAUAUAUUUACCCAGGGAUCUUUUACUGGGAGGUGUGAGAAGGCUGAGAAGGGUGUGAGAGGUGUGUGUUCUAUGCCUAAAACGUGUGCUGUGUCCACAGUGUGUGCUAGUAGUCUCAUGCCGAGAGCAUUAAGAGAAGCCAGGGACCCCUCUGAAACCUGCUUGGUAGUGAAGGGGAAGGAAGAAUACAACUUGUCUUUAACAACAUAGUGUGUGGGUGGGGAUCUUCCAAGCCAACUUCUACUCAACCUUCAAAGCCUCACUCAAAUGUUCCCUGUCUCAUGCUCCCUCAGCCGUCAUGUGGCCCAUGUAGCACUUGCUUGGGCUCCUGAGUUCAGCAUGUGACUGAUGAAUUCUUUGCUGAUCCCCAGCCUCUCGUCGUGUCUGAGCACAGUUAGUGCUGAGCAUGUGCCGGUGCAUCUGUGACUCUGGUUCCAUCAGUGGAAGUGUUUUGAAAUAAGCAGAUGCGUUAGUGUCCUGUGACUUCCUUGACACAUUACCACAACCCAGGUGGCUUCAAACGACAGAAAUCUAUUCCCUCACAGUUUUGGAGGCCAGAAGUCCCAAGUCCAGGGGUCAGUUCCCUGCUCUUCUCUUGGCUUCUGAUGGCUGUGGGCAGCCCUUGGUGUUCUCUAGCUUGUAGGUAUAUCCAGCCGGUCUCUGAUUUCAUCAUCAUCUUUUUUUUUUUUCUUUUCUUUUUUUUUUUUUUUUUUUUUGAGAUGGAAUUUCGCUCUUGUUGCCCAGGCUAGAGUGCAAUGGCACCAUCUUGGGCUCACAGCCUCCGCCCCCCACCUGCCCACGUUCAAACAGUUCUCCUGCCUCAGCCUCUUGAGUAGCUGGAAUUACAGGCGCGUGCCACCAUAUCCAGCUAAUUUUGUGUUUUUAUUACAGACGGCGUUUCUCCAUGUUGGCCAGGCUGGUCUUGAACUCCCGACCUCAGAUGCUGGACGAGAACCACCACCUGAUCCAGUGCAUCCUGGAGUACCAGAGCAAGGGCAAGACAGCCGAGUGCACGCAGUACCAGCAAAUCCUGCACCGGAACCUGGUAUACCUGGCCACGAUCGCAGACUCCAACCAGAACAUGCAGUCCCUGCUUCCUGCCCCGCCCACGCAGAACAUGAACCUGGGCCCUGGAGCCCUGACUCAGAGUGGCUCCAGCCAGGGCCUGCACUCCCAGGGCAGCCUGAGUGACGCCAUCAGCACGGGCCUGCCACCCUCCUCCCUCCUGCAGGGCCAGAUUGGCAACGGGCCGAGCCACGUAUCCAUGCAGCAGACGGCGCCUAAUACGCUGCCCACCACCUCCAUGAGCAUCUCGGGGCCUGGCUACAGCCACGCGGGGCCCGCCUCACAGGGCGUCCCCAUGCAGGGGCAAGGCACCAUCGGCAACUACGUGUCUCGGACCAACAUCAACAUGCAGUCCAACCCAGUCUCCAUGAUGCAGCAGCAGGCGGCCACGUCGCACUACAGCUCGGCUCAGGGCGGCAGCCAGCACUACCAGGGCCAGUCGUCCAUCGCCAUGAUGGGGCAGGGCAGCCAGGGGAGCAGCAUGAUGGGGCAGCGGCCUAUGGCACCCUACCGGCCCUCCCAGCAAGGCUCUUCCCAGCAGUACCUGGGCCAGGAGGAGUACUAUGGCGAGCAGUACAGCCACAGCCAGGGCGCCGCAGAGCCCAUGGGCCAGCAGUACUACCCCGACGGCCACGGCGAUUACGCCUACCAGCAGUCAUCCUACACGGAGCAGAGCUACGACCGGUCAUUCGAGGAGUCCACACAGCACUACUACGAGGGGGGAAACUCCCAGUACAGCCAGCAGCAGGCUGGGUACCAGCAGGGCGCCACGCAGCAGCAGACCUACUCCCAGCAGCAGUACCCCAGCCAGCAGAGCUACCCCGGGCAGCAGCAGGGCUACGGGCCUGCCCAGGGAGCCCCGUCACAGUACCCCAGCUACCAGCAAGGCCAAGGCCAGCAGUACGGAAGCUACCGAGCACCGCAGACAGCGCCGUCUGCCCAGCAGCAGCGGCCCUACGGCUAUGAACAGGGCCAGUAUGGAAAUUACCAGCAGUGAGGGACACACGUUCUGGCUGGAACCCUCGUGGUAGCGUGUUCAUCCAGGGGCCGGAUGGGCUGGCAGCAGCUCUGGUGAACUGUGACAUGUUGGUUACCCUUUCGCCCAGUGCCACGUCUGCAUGUGAAGCGUGCUCAUUUCAUGCUGGGUAUGACGCCGAGCGCGCACCCCUGGCGCAAGACAGCGCUUGGUGGUGUGAUACUUUUGGUGCUGUGUAUAGUAUUGUAUGUCGGUACAUGGAGAGGUAUCCUUUUUUUGUCCCCCUGCCCCCUUCUCAAUGUUUCUAGCUAGCUUCAGGGGUCAUUUUGUCAUCAGAGCAUCUGUACCCAGGGACAGGACAGGUUGUGAGGACACCACAGUCCACCUGUUCCCGUCAGCAGACCUUAGGUCUCACUUCCCUCCUCAUGCAGUGUUGUCGUGUGGGUUGUCAACUUUCCUUUAACUGGCUACACCACAGCUGGACACACAUACAGCCCCUGGAGGGCAGCCUCUUCCUGUGCCUCGAUGGGGUGGGUGGGAGGGCAUCUUCUGUGUGUUGGGCCAGUUUCUGUCACAUAACGAAAAGGAUAAGCACCUCCCACGGGAGAGGCCACAGAUGGCCACUUCCCGAGCUUGCUCAUUGCCUGUCUCUCGCCAAUUCCGUUUAUCCAAAAAGGUGCAUAGUUUUGAAUUAAAAAGUAAACAGGGAUCAAUGACUGUAUUCCAGAUAAACAUGGAUCCCUAGGGGCCGUGGACAAAUUGCCUGACCCAGGGCCGGCGGCAUUGCUGAAGGAAAGAGACAGCUCUCUGGGAAGUGGCCCUCAGAGAUUACUCUGGCUCUGACCCUUGUUUAGCUGAUGGUCAUUUCUGGGAUUGGAAUAGUUAAUACACCCGAUUCUAAGUUGAUAGGUAAUUUAAAAUAUUCGAAUCGAAUUUUCCAAACAGUUGGCAAGUUGUUUAUUUUAUAUUAUUUCUUCCAGGACCUACUUGCUCAGAUCUCCAAGCAAGCAUUUCUUUUCUUUUAGGGAUGUCUGAAAGUCACAUCCACUAACAUUACUGUGUUCUUUCUAAUGAAAAGUAAAGGUUUUUUAUAGAGAAACUUGAGUAAUUUUUACAUUUCUAGGACAUUAAAUCCCGUUUAAAUUCUGUGUGAACAUUAAAGACAGCACACUUGCAAAAGUAUGGUCAAAGGAAAAAAAAAAUCCCACAUUCCCAUUAAUAAGUAGCAUGGACUUUUGAUCAACCUUUAUGUGGAAUAAUAAUAUUCAUAUUUGCCAUUAAUCCUUUUAAAAAAAAAUCUUUGGAUAAAUGCUGAUGAAUUUCCAAGAACUACCAAGAAAAUACAAAAGAUAUCCAAUGCUUGAUAUAUGAGGCCUACUAAUAACAAUAUUUCUCUUCAAUUGAUGUUUUGUUUUAAAAGUUAAAAUUCUUGGCCGGGCACAGUGGCUCACACCUGUAAUCCCAGCACUUUGAGAGGCUGAAGCAGGCAGAUCACCUGAGGUUGGAAGUUCAAGACCAGCCUGACCAACAUGGAGAAACCCCGUCCCUACUAAAAAUACAAAAUUAGCCAGGCGUGGUGGUGCAUGCCUGUAAUCCCAGUUACUCGGGAACCUGAGGCAGCAGAAAUGGCUUGAACCUGGGAGGGAGAGGUUGCAGUGAGACGAGAUUGCGCCACUGCACUCCAGCCUGGGCGACAAGAGUGAAACUCUGUCUCAAAAAACACACACACAUACACACGCACACACACACACAAAGUUAAAAGUAAUUAUCCAGAGUUGCUUUAGAAUUUACAAGUCACUUAUGUGUUUUGCCUGAAUUAAUCCUGACAGCCCCUAUGAGGAAAUCUGGAGUAACAGUUCCCAUGUUAGAGAUGAAGAACUGAGGCACAGAUUAAAGGACUUGCCUGUGUUGAAUACCAGUCCUGUUCUAUGACAUUCUCCCCUCCUCUACGGGACAGAUGUCACACACAAAUGGGGAUAGAAGUGUUUAUUUUGUAGGCGUAAGGGUUUUUAAAACCCUUAACACUGGUAAGGGCUUAAAAAUAAAUGUAUAUGUUCAUAUUAAAUUACUGAAAUGAGAGUUAAUUGCUAAUUGACAAAAGUAUUAGCAAUUUCAGUUAGGGAGUCAUCUCCCUUGAUUUUGUUCUUUUCCUGUCGAUUUUCAUAGAACUAAUUUGCAAACUCAAUCGGGGACUAAAAUUUCCCACUGAAAAUGUUAAACAUUUUAGAUAACUGUGAAAAUAGUUUAUUUUUAUUCCUUGCCAAUCUGGGAAUAUGCCUUUUAUGUGUGUUUGUGUGUUUUUUUAAGUGCUGUAUUAAUAAUACUUUCUGAAAGAAAAGGACACUUAUCCCAAAACUUCAAUCUGAAAUGUCUUACAUUAAGAAUAUCUUGAAUGUUGUGUAUAUAUUUUAAAAAGCACUUUGCAAAAUAGUUUGUACAUUUAUUUCCUAAUUUAUACAUGAUUUUUAGUGUUAAUAUAUUUAAUGAUUAAUAACAGAAUGUUUAUUUAAUGUGUUGUCCAUUUUUAUGUAAUAUUGUGAUGGAAAGUGAUGCCAGCAAUUCCUUCUCAUUAACUUAUUCUAUCUUCUGUCCUAUGAAUGUUGAGAAAAGCUUAGGCUAACAUGAAUUGUUUGUGAAGUGUGGUUGAUGGUGCUUUGUUUUUUUCUGACUACUUCUAUGGAAGGCCAGUGGAGAAGCAAAGGAAGAUAUGAAAAUUGACGCUCAUUCUUCUUCUUGUUCCCUGACAUCCAGCAAAUUGUGAAUUUGAAAAAUGAUGACCACAAUUUUCAGAAGGGCUGACAAAUUCAUAUUGGUAUGCAAAAGCUCAUCACCCAUUAGGGUUUGUUGUUGAAUCGAUAUUAAAACAGUACAUCAGAACUCAUGCCAAGAGUCUUUAUGAAUGGGAUUAAGGUGGACAAGAUCUCCUAAGAUCUGAAAAGAAACCUUAAUACACUCAUAUGGUUGGAGUCUUAAGUGAACCUCUGAUUUUGUCAGAGAUUUUCUACGUAUAGGCUUGAAUAGGGGGCAUCCCUUCAAAACUGUACAAAGAAGAAGACUGUUUUCCAUUUAAAAAUUUUUAGCCACUUCAUUUCUAUUUAUUGAACAGGUCAAAUUUGUCUUGUUAUUUGUGAGUACAGUACAUUUAAAAAACAUCCUUAUCGGUUAAUUUUUUUUUUCAGCCGGAGAUUGACGUAUAAAUUGUUCAUGCUUUUGGUGUAAUCUCUUAAUAAACUGGUU